AUGCUUGAGACAUCGCCAUCGACAGAGUCCUUGCUUCGGGAGGACCUCAAACGAUCGACCCACAGGCUGUUCCGCGUGGGUCAACUGUUCGCAGUGGUUCCAUGGAACGUAACUCCAUUUGAGCCCAUUCCGAAGCCUCCAAGCUGGGGUGCUAAACUGGUGCGUGGCGUAUAUCUUGCCUAUUCGAUCGCCAUUAUCCUUGCGGUGUGCAGUGCCACCGUGUUUCACCAUUCGAUGGACACAGUGGAAGAGUUUUUCGCCGUUCAAACGCUGUGUCUUGGAGAGGACGCAACACUUAACGUGAUCGUGCUGUUGGCUGUGAUCGGAUCUCGUUUUGUGCGUCCAUUUUACGCGAAAUUUGUCAGCACGCUGCUUCUUCUCGCGCAAAACUUAUCCACCUGUGGAGUCGCGUUUGAUUUCAAGCGCGUAGAGACGAUCAUCAGCAGGUUGUUAGUCGCUGCAGCUGUUUAUUUCGCCACUAUCGGGUUGUUGGAGUUUCUCAUCAACUAUGGUGCACCUCAUCGCUUCAUCUGCCAAACCGUGCUGUACACGCUGCCUAACGUAAUCCACGUGCUCGCCCUGUACAAGUUCGUCGUGCUGCAUUGGUUCAUCUAUAAGUACCAUACGUCGAUUAACCGCGUGUUGCGAUCCCUUGGAAGCGUUCAACGACGGGCGGGAUGGGCAGCACGCUCAAAAUUUCCCGAAUGUGCCGGUUUGGUGGAAAUUCUUCGCAAAACGCACCUUCAGUUGUGUCAACUCACAACGCAGGUAAAUGACUGCUUUGGAGCACUCACCGUAUGCACCAUGCUGUCAUCUUUCGUGGUGAUCAGUCUGCAGCUGUUCAACGUGUACAAGUUAACCACGGAGCGUAGUUGGAGCUGUGGGCACAGCUUGCGCUUAGCCUACACCGUGCUAUGGAUCGCGUUACAGAGCGCGAAGGUCCUGUUGAUCCUGUACCCUCUGCAUUUCGUGCGGCUCGAGCGUGAUCGAACUGGAUCGGUGCUGUACAGCUUCAACCAUAGUGACGCUACUGAACUCACCAACAACGCAUUGAUGAGAUUCUCGUCGCAAGUUCUGCAUGGCAAGGAAUACCAUACGGCGUGUGGUUUGAUUACGCUCGACCUGACGUUAAUUACCACGAUGAUUGGCGCACUGACUACGUAUCUGGUGAUAUUGAUUCAGUUUGAUUCCGCUUUUUCCAGCCGUUUGGCUUGA